GGUGGGAAGAGCGCCGCUGGCGGAGCGGCGGGAGGCGCGCGGGGCCGCCCCGGGGCACCUGUCGCGCUGCGCCCGCCUCCUCGGCCUGGGUAGGAGGCGCGCGGAAGCACCCGUGGCUGCCGGCGCCGCGCGCUGGUUUGUUCAUCCCUGGCGGGGGAGCAGCGGGCUGGCCUCGUAGGCGCCUCACCUGCGGCUCAGGGCCGGGCGGAGGUGAGGGGGCUGCCGCGGGGCUUCGCCUUCCUCGGGAAGGUGCCGCCCCCUCCCCCGGGGGUUGGUUUUGGUUUGGCAGUCCCUGGCGGUAACCCCGCGGCGGGGGUCGGGCCGCGGGGGGCAGCGUGGCGGUUACCGAGCAGCGGGCGCACCUCAUCUCCGCUCUCGGGCUGCUGGUUGAGGUAUCCCCCUUUAAAGACGAAAAAGCGGGGCGGUAAGUCUCAGGCCCGCGGCUUGCGGUCGCUGGGGAGGGGGCAGCCCUCCCCCGCCGCGGGCGAUCACCGCUCCGCCGUCCUGCCCUCCUCCCCGGCCCGGCCUCCGCUUAGCGGCCGCCCUCUGACGGCCCUUCCCGCCUCCCACCUGGGCCGCGGCCUCCCUGAGGUAACGGUCGCCGAGCUGCUGGGGCAGGGCAGGGGGAGCCCCUCUCCUGGGCAACUUCUUACCGUAGUGCAGCUCCGAAAUCUCUGCUGAAAACUGCAAGCUCCCGUUGGUAAGACGAAACGGAGUAGUUCGUGUUCCUCUCAGCUUGUGCUGAUUUCCAGUUCCCAACAAAAUGUUUGCUUCCAGUAUUCUCUUUUUGCUUUUACUCCCCUAACGCUAUUUCCUUCUACUUUUACAAGUGACUUCCCGAACCACCUGGAGUUCUUUGUUUCUAUUGCAAGUAAACGUUGUGUUUCCUUAAGCUGCUGGGAAAUCACUGCUCUUGCUAAAAUCACAGCGAGCUUUUUGGUUCCUGUAAGCAAGGUGACUGGGUUUAAGAAUUUUGAAGCGGCACGCAUCCAAGAAUUAUACCUGUUGUUGAAAUAAUUUCUCCUCUCCUUUUUCUGCAAAUAGCUUUGAAAAUAGCUUAGAUGAUUAUGAAAUGCUAAUGUUGAUAACUACAUUAGGAAUUUAUGCAGGAAGAGCCUGAAACAGAGGAGGCAGGCUCCAAAUCUUAAAAUCUAUGCUAUUUAAAAGAUACAUAUUAAAACUAAGUGGCAGGGAAAAGUUAAUUCCUGAUUAUCCUUUUCUUUCGAGUUAAAUACUUUUGAUGGCUGUGGUCUUCCUUUUGUCCAUAUUGACAAAGAAAUAAUAGUUUAUUAAGUCUUGUUAUCAAGAAAUAUAAUAGCUUUCUUACAUUCUUGAGCUCUGUCUCCUGAAUAUCCAGGCCUUGUUUAUGUUACUUCAGUAGAGUAAGAGGAAGAGUUACAAUGUUCGCUCACUAGCUGCUGCUUACUUUCAGAGGUUGAAGAAGCAUACAGUUUUGAUUUAUACUGUGUACCAUUAGAUCAAGUGCUGUUACAUGUUGUAUGGAUGAAUUAGGUACUUAAGCAAGGAAACAUUUUCUUCACCCUAGAAUUUUUGCUCUGUGGUGAGGCAUGCUGUCAUUGUUCAAAACUUAUUCCAGUGAUUGGUCUCCACAGCUGGCUGAAUGUAAUGUGAAUACAAUUACAUCAUCCCAUUUCAGAUGGGGUGGAGAAAUGGUGGCAACAUCUAUGCUUGUUUGAAAGCCAGGUGAAGUCGGAAAAUUGCAGGGACAUCAACAGUAGUCAAUGCAAACAGCAGAUUAUAGCAACAAGAAGGGUGAUAAAAUUUUGAUUAAGAUAGUAAUUAUCAGAAUUUUUAUGGGGUGGUCUCCUCCUCAUCUUUUUUUAAUAGUUCUGGAUCCCUUACCAUUCCUAUUCAUACACAGUGCAAGGUGGCAUAGACGUAUUAGAAUCUAUUAGAUUAUUCCCCCCCAAUCAUGAUUUGGAUGGUAUGAUAUUUGAAUCUCUUAGUUCAUAGCAGGUCCUUUUUUUCCCCCCAAUUUUAAUUAUCCAGGCUUCAAGAGAGGAUGUUUCUGUAUCUGAAUAGCAAUUGUUGUUUAUGCUAGUACUGUUGUAGAGCACUGUGAAAUAUUUUGCUGUAUCUGAUCAAGGCUUCAUCACCAUAAUAGGCAUUAACUAUCAUGUAUGUAUCUUCAGAGUAUAGUGUUUGUUACUACUCAUAGUUUCCUCUUGUGAAGAAUCUUUUAUUUUGCAGUCUAGACAGAGAAGCAGAGACUCUGACUAGUUGGCCAUGCCAUUCAUCUCAGAGCUAUUCUAUCCAGGUUUGCUGUUCUGAAUGCAUGAUGCUAAUGAGUGUCAUAGCAUCAGGUGUUUCUCUAGAUCACAGAAGGGUCAGGGUUGGAAGGGACCUCUGGAGAUCAUCUAGUCCAACCCCCCUGCUAAAGCAAGAUCACCUCGAGCAGGUUGCACAGGAUCACGUCCAGGUGGGUUUUGAAUAUCUCCAGAGAAGGAGACUCCACAGCCUCUCUGGGCAGCCUGUUCCAGUGCUCGGUCACCCUCACAGUGAAGAAGUUUUUCCUCAUGUUCAGAUGGAACUUCCUGUGUUCCAGUUUGUGCCCGUUGACUCUUGUCCUGUCACUGGGCACCACUGAGAAGAGUCUGGCCCCUUCUUCUUGACAUCCACCCUUUAGAUAUCUUAAUAACUUGGAGAGGGAGAAUGGGUAGGCAUAUGAAGAAAGGACUCUAGGCUCUUGAGCAGUAUAAGUAUAUUUCCAGCUCGAGAUCAGUGUGCUUGUGCUGAUUUUCCAAUGAAGUACAUCCUGGUAACUGGUGGUGUCAUCUCAGGCAUUGGCAAAGGAAUCAUUGCAAGCAGCAUUGGCACCAUACUGAAGUCAUGUGGUCUACGUGUCACUGCAAUCAAAAUUGAUCCUUACAUAAACAUAGAUGCUGGAACCUUUUCUCCGUAUGAACAUGGUGAAGUUUUUGUAUUGAAUGAUGGUGGAGAAGUAGAUUUAGAUUUGGGAAAUUAUGAGAGAUUUUUGGACAUCAAUCUCUAUAAAGAUAACAACAUCACCACUGGGAAGAUAUAUCAGCAUGUCAUUAAUAAAGAAAGACAUGGCGAUUACCUGGGAAAAACUGUUCAAGUUGUUCCACACAUCACUGAUGCAGUUCAGGAAUGGGUAAUGAAUCAGGCAAAAGUUCCAGUGGACGAUGACAGAAAAGAGCCACAAAUUUGUGUAAUUGAGCUGGGUGGUACCAUUGGAGACAUUGAAGGAAUGCCAUUUGUUGAAGCAUUUAGACAGUUUCAGUUCAAAGCAAAAAGAGAGAACUUCUGUAAUAUCCAUGUUAGUCUAGUACCACAGCCAAAUGCCACUGGUGAACAGAAGACAAAACCAACACAGAACAGUGUUCGAGCACUGAGAGGUCUAGGCUUGUCUCCAGAUUUGAUUGUUUGCAGAAGUGCAAAACCUAUAGAAAUGGCAGUGAAGGAAAAGAUUUCCAUGUUUUGCCACGUGGAGCCUGAGCAGGUGAUAUUUAUCCACGAUGUUUCUUCCACUUAUCGAGUACCAAUCCUGUUGGAGGAGCAAGGCAUCAUUAAGUAUUUUAAACAGAGGUUAAAUUUACCUAUUGAUGACCAGCCAAGUGAUCUUCUAAUGAAAUGGAAGAAAAUGGCUGACAGAUAUGAAAGGUUGCUGAAGGUGUGUUCCAUAGCUCUCGUUGGCAAGUACACAAAACUAAGUGAUUGCUAUGCAUCUGUUUUCAAGGCUCUGGAACACUCUGCGCUGGCAAUUAAUCACAAACUGGAUUUAAUGUACAUAGAUUCAACAGAACUUGAACGUUCUACAGAAGUGGAGAACUCAGUGAAAUAUCACCAGGCAUGGCACAAACUGUGCAAAGCAGAUGGCAUUCUGGUCCCUGGAGGGUUUGGAAUUAGGGGAACAGAAGGCAAACUCCAAGCUAUCUCUUGGGCAAGAACAAAGAAGAAACCUUUUCUUGGAGUUUGCCUGGGAAUGCAAUUAGCAGUUGUGGAAUUUGCAAGAAACCAUUUGAAUUGGAAAGAUGCAAAUUCUACAGAAUUUGACCCAGACACAAAAAACCCUGUUGUUAUUGACAUGCCAGAACAUAAUCCUGGGGAUAUGGGUGGAACCAUGAGACUCGGGAAGAGGAGGACUGUUUUCAAAACACAAAAUUCUGUUUUAAGGAAACUUUAUGGUGAUGAAAUGUUUGUAGAAGAGCGACACAGGCAUCGAUAUGAGGUGAACCCAGAAUUGACUCACUGCUUUGAAGAGAAAGGUUUGAAAUUUGUUGGCCAUGAUACGGAAGGGAACAGAAUGGAAAUUAUUGAACUGGAGAAUCACCCAUAUUUUGUGGGAGUUCAGUUCCACCCAGAGUUUUCCUCAAGACCUAUGAAACCUUCACCUCCAUACCUUGGACUGUUGCUAGCAGCAACUGGGACACUCAGUGCAUACCUGCAACGUGGAUGUAAAUUGUCUCCAAGUGACAGCUACAGUGAUCUCAGUGAUGACAGCUCUCCAGAGAAAGAGUUUCCUAAUUCAGAAACAAACUGAAAUGAUUGUAUGAGAUCACAGAAAUGGAUGAUGCUAUUGAGAAAGUUGGGAACAGGACAAUACUGAAUAGAAGAAAGUAGACGAGUGAGCUGCUUGUGGUCCUCAUAGUGUCUCCUCCUAUACUGUUUCCAAUAAUUCUCUUUACACAAGACAGUUUUACUGUCCUGUAGCAAAACGUGUUCUGUAUAAGUGCUGUUUCUCUUUAAAAAUGACAAAAUGGUUGUGCACCUUAGCUGUUAAUCAUUAUUGAUCUUGUCUUAUAUUUCAGAAUGAUCUCAGGCGAAUAUGUAUUAAUUCACGAGUUCACAACUGUUCUUGAUUUGAAGGAAGGUUUGAUUGUUUUCAGUUCACCUUAGAACAGGAAGAUAAAAUACAUUAGUUCUUGUCAAUGAGAGGGAAUGCACUAAAAAUUUAAGGGAAAGUUGUCUUAUCCAUGAGCAGUAGAGAACUGUUUCAGGUUUGUUUCCCUAUUAAACUUGUUGUAUGUAUAUAUUUUUUUACUUUUUUGCUGUUCAAUAUGUACAAAUGAGAAAUUGUUGCUGUAUUUCAGCUCUUUGUGAUUAUAAUAAUUGAUGUUGGAUACACAUCUUUUCACUCUGCUUUUAUAAGUGAUUUCACUUUACAAAACUUCAAGUUUAUUGCUCUGUUUCUCUUGAAGGCUGACAGUACUGAACAUAAUUCUGACCUACAAAAUUACAGAAGUGAUAUUAGAAGGCAGUUUUGUAUUUGUAUUUUGUAAGAGAGAAAGUAAAUACACUCAUAUGUGAAAAUGUAAUCUGAACACUUUUAUGAAAGUUGUAGAAGAACUGGUCACAAACCUGGAGCAUUAUCUGAGCUCCAGUCAUGCAACACUCAGUUAAUUUCAAUAAAUGAGUAUAAAGGUGAAUUAAUGUUCACUCUUGUUUUCCCUUGUCCAGUGACCACUCCAUGGUCAUGAUGCUCAUUCUCCAAUAACAUAGAACAGUGUAUUUUAGUUUAGAAAUCACCAGUUAUUCCACUGCGUGACAAUUGGUCAUCAAAAGGUAAAUACCUGUACAAAAAUAAAAAACACCAUGUCCCUUAUUACAGCUUUGUAAAACAGUAAGUUUGAGAGCUUUGCAUUGCUUUAGAAAAUCUCAGGUUACACAGCGAAUUUUUCUCUUCACGAAAAGAAACUUUAGUGGUAAUGAAACAUAAAAUGUAUUCCUAUGGCAGUGUUUUUAUAAAGUGGUUUGCAAAUGCGUGCCUUAGAAAUAGCAGCUACUGACAGGAUUAGUGUCACUGUUUGACUUCCCCAAUGAGAGACACUGACCACUGGUUUGUGAAAGGUGAAGCAUUUCCUAAGAUUGUCUGUAAUGUGCAAAUGCAUUUUCAAAUAUAUUAAAUGGUGUUAUUCAGAAGUGUUUAGCUAGUGUGUUAAAAGAAUCAUGGUGCCAAUUGUGAACUGUGGUGUCAAGGAGGGAAUUUUUCAUUUAGUCGUGUCCCAGUUGUGUUGUCUGUGUGAUUUAUUCAAAAAACUGAGGGGACAGAAAGACAUGUACCCUGGAGUGAAUCUGGAAACAGCCCCUUGAUCUCCCAGCACCCUUACCAACCCUCUUCCUGCUAACUGUGUUGCACAUAGCAGUAUCCUGGAGACAAACACAUCACUGUCACAAGGAAUCCAUCUCCUACUGGACCUGACAGAAGCAGCAGCAUGCCAUUUCCAAAAUGGAAAAAGGCAAACGAGCCUUUUCCAGCCAAAUCCAGGGCUGCAUUAGGUGUGUUGCCAGUAGGUCGAGGGAGGUGCUGCUCCCCCUCUCCUCAGCGCUGGUGAGGCCACAUCUGGAGUGCUGGGUCCAGCUCUGGGCUCCCCAGUACAAGAGAGAUGUGGGCAUACUGGAGGGAGUCCAGCAAAGGGCCACUGAGGUGAUUAAAGGACUGGAGCAUCUCUCAUCUGAGGAAAGGCUGAGAGUGUACUGGUUUUGGCUGGGAUAGACUUAAUUUUCUUCACAGUAGCUAAUACAAGUCUGUGCUUUGGAUUUUUGCUGCAAACAGUGCUGCUAACACAGGGAUGUUUUUGUUCCUGCUGAGCAGUGCUCACACAGAGCCAAGGCCUUUGCUGCUUCUCACACCUCCCCACCAGCGAGUGGGCUGGGGGUGCACAAGGAGUUGGGAGGGGACACAGCCGGGACAGCUGACCCCAACUGACCCAAGGGAUAUCCCAUACCAUACGAUGUCAUGCUCAGCAUAUAAAGCUGGGGGAAGAAGCGGGAAGGGGGGACAUUUGGAGUGAUGGCGUUUGUCUUCCCAAGUCUCCGUUAGGGGUGAUGGAGCCCUGCUUUCCUGGGGAUGGCUGAACCCCUGCCUACCAGAGUUGGGACUGUUCAGCUUAGGGAAGAGGAGGCUUGGUGGGAGGGAGGGAGGAAAUCUCAUCCAUAUGUAUACAUACCUGAAGGGAGGGUGCAAAGAGGAUGGAGCCAGGCUCUUCUCAGAAGUGCCCAAUGACAGAACCAGAGGCAAUGGGCACAAACUGAAACAGGAGGCUCCAUCUAAACAUCAGGAAACACUUUUUCCACUGUGAGGGUGACAAUGCACCAGCACAGAUUGCCCAGGAAAGUUGUGAAGUCUCCAUCCUUGGAGAUACUCAAAGGCUGCCUGGAUAAUGGUCCUGAGCAACUGGCUCUAGGUCGUCCUGCUUGAGCAGCAGGGGUGGACCAGAUGACCUACAGAGCUCCCUUCCAACCGCUGGUUUACCACUGGUUGAAACUCCUCUUUAGCAUAUACUGGGAGCACAGCAAGAUCUGAAAUCUGUAUUUUCCAUCCUAUGUUGGCUCAGCUGACUGUUGCUUAGGCUCAAGGGCUGUAUUUGUAAUAGUAAGUUAGGGCAGGGGCAUUAGUCUCUUUUGAGCCCAACUGCAGCGGCUGAGAUUGCUUCCGUACAGAUAAACUUUCAUGCGCAUACUGGAGUGAGUCCAGUGAAGGACCAUGGAAAUGGAGCAUCUAUCAUAUGAUGAGAGGCUGAGAGAGCUGGCGGUGCUUAGUCUGGAGGAGAGAUGGCUCAAGGGGGAUCUUAUCAAUACCUGAUGCAAGGGGAAUAAAGAAGAGGAGCCAGACUCUUCUCAGCGAUGCCCAGUGGCAGAAGAAGCGGCAAUUUGCAGGAACUGAAACAUAGGAAAGAGAGAACUUUUUAUGGUGCAGAUGGUUGAGCACUGUAACAGGUUGCCCAGAGAGGUGAGGGAGUCUCCAUCACUGGAGAUGCUCAAAACCCAACUGGACACAGCCCUGAACAACUUGCUGUAGCUGACCCUGCUCUCAGCCAGGGAUUGGACUGGACAAUCUCCAGAGGUGCCUGCCAACCUCAACUAUUCUGUGAUUCUAUGAACCUCGCUUACCUCCAAAGAAUGGGGUCACAUUGAGGCUGCCUGCUGGGAAAGAUGCCUAGUGCAUGCUAACUCUCAGAAAGGUGCCUGGGGGAGCAUGCUAGAUACCCUGGGACAAAGCUGUGCUGUAUUUUGCCAGAGUGGAUGAUCGUGUACCUAUUCCUGGGCAUGUUCUAUGAGCCUGUAUAGUUUACUAGCCUAAAGAUAGCUAAACCGCUCUGUCUGGGAAGACCUGAUUGAAGGUGUGUUGGGUGUGGAUGUUGGGGGCUGAAGAUAUGUUGAGUGUCAGGAAGAUCUGUUGGGUGUGUUGGAGGAUGACAGUUAAAAUCUAUGCCUACCUCAUCCAUUGAGUGGUCCUGUGCUGAUAUGCCAGCUACAGUCAGGUUUUCCCUCACAGAAAGUUUGGUAGCUUGGCUGAGUUGGACCAGAGGCUGUGCUUGUGUGUUGGGUUUGCAUGGCAAAGUUUUGGUAGCGGGGGGGCUACAGGGGUGAAUUCUGUCAGAAGGUGCUAGAAGCUUCCCCUGUGUCUGACAGAGCCAAUGCCAGCCGGCUCCAAGACGGACCUGCUGCUGGCCAAGGCCAAGCCAAUCAGCGCCUCUGGGAUAACAUAUUUAAGAAGAAGAAAAA